UUUUUAGAGGCUCAGCAAACCACUUCCUUACAGCAUCCAGAAUCCAGCUUACGACUGUUUAUCGCACAAGAGAAAUUGCGAGGAGCAGCUUCCCCCGAGAAUGCCCGACGAAAUCGUCAAAACCCGAGAUGGACGAAAGCGAUUGAACUACAAGGCAGCAUUUUUCACCGGAGAAAUGGUAAGCGGCACCUAUGAAGAGCAAGAUUGCAUCCGCAACUGUAACCGUUGCAAACACUAUGUGAACACGAAAAAAAUGGCCGCUGCCGCUGCACCCGAAAAUUGUCCCGGGUCGGAAGGUGGAGAAGAGGAGGGGAUUACUAUGGUUUGCAAAGUUUCUGGCAACUAUGCUGAUCAAUUGAGAUAA